UUUCACCGACACCCACGGAGCCGCAUAGACUCACAGUCCACAGACACACACAGUCCACAGACCCACAGAGCCGUGGGACUGUCUGUGAGUGAAGCGGCGGCAGAGGCAGUUGUGUGGAACAUGUCCGCUCUGGUCCUCCUCCUCCUGACCUCCACAGCUGUGGGUCCAUCCACAGUGGUUUCAGAAGUCCUCGGCAGUCCCAGAAAUGUGAGCCUGACCUCCUACAACAUGAAUCUGGUGCUGAGGUGGGAACCACCUGAAGGCAUAACUGACAACGUGAUCUACACAACCCAGUUAAAGCCCUCAGGUGGACAAAUCAAAGAGGCCUGUGUGAACGUCUCCACCCUCCAGUGUGACAUCACCAAUCUAGGCAUCACCAUCUUUCAGUUUGCCCGGUACACAGGUGCAGUGAGGGCAGUGUCGGGGUCACGGAGCUCCAACUGGGUUUACAGUAACAACCUCACAAUGGACGAACACACCAUCAUCGGCCCGCCCGCUGUCUCACUUGUGUCCAGCGGGGUUGAUAUUGAAGUCAGCAUCACUGAUCCAGUAUUCAGCAUCUCAGAACUCAGACGUGUGUACAGCACCAUCACAUACAGCAUCAUCUACUGGAAGGAAGGCCAGAAGGAGCAGGCCAAAAACAUAUCCAAAAUCCAGCAGAACAGGGUGUCUCUAAGUGGGCUGGACCCCACAACUAAGUACUGUGUCCAAGUCCGAGUGGAUGUGGAUCCGGGGAGGAACCGGAGUCCUGGUCAGCUCAGUGACCCAGUCUGUGAGAGUACUACAAAUGAAGGAGCAGCUCCGUGGGUAGAGGGAGUGGUGGUGUUUGUCACCAUGGCAGCGACAGUGGCAAUGGUGGUGCUGGGAGUGGUGUAUCAUAAACGGAUAAAACACUUUUUCUGCCCAAAAGACAGGCUACCUGCACAUUUUAUAGAGAAACUACUGGCACACCCCAACAUCCCCAUCCAAAUAUCUGACCCACCAAAGGAGACUUGCAACCAGUUAACCAUGAUUACAGAUGAGGGGACCGUAGAGGAACUGCACCCCCUGGAGGCUGUUCAAGCACACUGCAGUCAACCAGAUGUCACUGUGGAGGAGACGUAGAAAAACGGCAGCGGCAAUGAAGGAGAGCUGAACAAUACACCGGGACUGUUAAAACACUAAGAAUGAUAAAACUUCAGUGGAGUUUUUAUGUCACAAAUGCUGCACUAGUCACAUAACAUUCCUUGACUGAUUUCUGGGUCAUGAUCGAGGAGUGAAAGAAGGGAAAAUUAGGGAAUUGAGAAGAGUCUUUGGAAGAGUUUCUACAUCCUUUAUUAAAAGUAAGAAAACAACAGUGCAACAACACAUCCGUUAUAGUCCAGCAUCAACACCGUGUUUAGUCCCUCUCAUUGUAUUAUUAAUAGUGACAACCGGAUCAGUUUGUGGUACCAUGUUACUGUUUUGCUGGAGCCAGACUUACAUCCAGUUGUAGAAACAGGGACUUUGGGUAAAGCUGAAAGUCAUCACAUGAUUAUUAGCAGAG